AUGAAUCACAUACCUCUAGGAGUCACUCUUCUCGUUUCUCUUGCCCUGCCAGCUUUCGCGACUAUUCAGGACUCCAUUACCAAGUUCCCCAAAACUGAUUACGACUUUAUAGUUGUCGGAGGGGGUCAAGCAGGAUGUGUCGUUGCGAAUAGGUUGACGGAAAACCCUCGAUUCAAUGUCCUGGUAAUCGAAGCAGGCCCGAGUCACGAGGGCGUUUUGGACGCUCAAGUGCCGGGGUUUGUGUUUAACCUCUCAAACACUACCUACGAAUACAAUUACACGAGUGUCGCCACACCGCAUCUGAACAACCGCGUCUUUCCGAAUUCGCCAUCCAACCAAACGAUAGAUGGAAUGUUCUACACCCGCGGUUCUUCCUCCGACUACGAUCGAUGGGCCACCGUCACCGGCGACUCAAACUGGUCUUGGAAGAAGCUCUUUCCCUACAUCCUCAAGCACGAGCGAUGGGUAGAGCCAAAUCGCGAUGUAGAUACCGCAGGGAUGUACAAUCCGAAGGUCCACAACACCAAGGGGAUGACCUUUGUCAGCCUCACGAACUUCCCAGACGAUUCCGAUGCAAAGGUCAGACAGGCUGCAGACGAAAUCGGAGGCGACUUCCGAUGGAACCUCGAUUACAACAGUGGGGAUCCCUUGGGUGUCGGAUGGGGACAGUAUACGAUCGGCAACGGGGAGCGGAGCAGCGCUGCAACGGCUUACUUGGCACCGAGGUACCUCAAACGGAAGAACCUUCACGUCCUGAUUAACCAUCGUGUUACCAAGCUCCUCCAGACGGGACAUGGUGGUGGGCAUGUUCCAACCUUCCGCACUGUCGCCUUUCAGGAAGAGAUGAACCCUUCUGCGCCGAUCCAGAAGAUUACGGCCAGGAAGGAAGUCAUCCUAUCUGCAGGUGCCAUUGGGACACCCCAACCCAAAGUCGAUCUCCCUAGUGUUGGGAAGAACUUGACCGAACAUCCAGCCAUUGCAGUGUCUUGGAAACUAGGAAUCAACGGAACCUUCAACUCGUAUGUCGGUCACGCCUCCUGCGCGCCGAGGACUAACCUGGGCUCUUUCCUCAGCUCCGCCGACCCCACCCUACCCGAGAAAUGGUUCCAAGAGUGGCAAAACUCGCGAACUGGCCCACUGACCCACAUCCGCACCCAUUCAGCUGCCUUCAUUCGACUUCCUGACGAUUCCCCAAUCUAUAAUCAACAUCCUGACCCCUCUUCUGGAAGAAGCACUCCGCAGUUCGAGAUACCCAUUACGCUUAGAAUCCCGUUGGUCUUUCCUCCACUGUACUUCCAAUGGGCCACUAAAUCCUUCCUUCUUGUCACAGGAGGAUGGGUCAAACUGGCGUCGACCAACGUCUAUGAUCAACCGCUCAUCGACGUCGGUAUGUUGAAAUCCGAGUUUGACUGGUAUGGCCUUCGAGAAACUAUUCGGGCUUCCAAGCGGUUCUUUAGCGCUCCGGCAUGGGAGAGCUAUCAGCUAACGCUGGAGCCGCCUUUCAAUACGGAUGUCGAUGAGGAGCUUAACGAGGCCAUCAAGGCGGCCGUCUCCAGCGGUGCGCAUCCUGUUGGCACUGCUUCCAUGUCUCCGAAGAAUGCGCAAUGGGGUGUUGUGGAUCCUGAUCUCAGAGUGAAGAAGGUGAAGGGGUUGCGCAUCGUCGACGCUUCAAUUAUGCCAUUCAUCGUUUCCGCCCAUACCCAAGCCGCUGUCUACGCAAUUGCAGAGCGCGGUUCUGACCUCAUUAAGCAUGUGUGGAAAUAA